GGUUUAAAUAAGGGGAGGGGGGGAGCAAAACUCCAGGGCAUUAGCCCCGCCCACGUCUGAUCUGAUAACACUAACGGUAGAACAGAUCAUAAGUCAUUUCAUUCAAACAGCUGAGACGUUACUCGUAAAAAAUGCUGCGUUUAUUCUGUCUAUAUUUCUCAUUUUUCUGCGCCAUCAGUUUAUCUGAGACUGACUCCAAGUCUUUACCCAGGAUGGUGUUUAAAGGAACGGAAAAUGGGUCUGUUUUUAAAAGGUUUCCUUUGCAAGGACAUAAAAAACCAGUGAAGAUCAUCGCAGACACACAACCAGGCAUCAUUACGUCUGUGGGACAAAAACACCUGACCUUUUUCAACUUCCAGAGCUCUGAGAAGACUCCUCCAGAACAGAAGGUGGUGUGGGAGGAAUGCAAAGAUAAAGGAUGUGAAUACAACAUCAGUGUGGUUCAGAGGAACGGAAGAGGGUCGACAUUUCUGUGUGGAAGCAGCCGUGUGGAAACCAAGUGCUGUGAGAUGGAUUUAACAGCUAAUCCUGCAGAAGCCCGAUGUUAUCCUUCUGAGAGACUCCAACACAUUACACAAUGCAUCAAGAGAUUCAUCACAAAGGAAGGGGAACAUUCGCUCUUUGUUGAGUCUGGAAAUCACACCAGUCUUUACAUGACCUCCUCUGGGAAUGGGGAGAACGUCGGCAUUCACCGCUUUGGGAGUCAAAGGCUUGCACCCCAGAGUCACAAUAAAGAGCAGCAUUUCGUGGGUCUGAUGCUCAGCAGCAGAGAAGACUCCCUUCAGAACAGAAUGUACGCCUUCUACAAGCAGAGAAACCAAGACGCAGACCUUUACAGUGAUGAGUGGAUCCCCUUUGUGAGCCAGAUUUGCCUGGCAGACAUCGGUGGCCAGAAGAACCUCCUGCAGAAUAAGUGGACCUCCCAGAUGAAUGCUCGGCUCUUCUGUGGAGAUCCAGAGAAAAAACUUCAUUUCUCUGAACUGGUGCAUGUGGCCACUGUGGAUGCAGACAGAUGGGAGGAAAGCAAAGUUUAUGCUCUCUUCAGGAAUGAAUGGGGUGUGAGUGCCGUGUGCAUGUACACAGUAGCAGACAUUCAUGAAGUCUUCAUGAAGUCCAGUUUUAAAGAACCCAAAUCAGAAAGCAAACUGAACAGGCCUCGGGAGUGUGUUCUUGACAGUUCUAAGCUGGAUGGAGAAAUCCUAAAUAACAUAAAGGAGUUGUCAGAGAUGGAGCAAUGGGUGAAGCCUGUGAAAAACUCUCUCCCACUUCUGGUGUAUCGUCACCAUUACACUGGGAUCUAUGUGGACGCUUCCCAGCACAGUGGCAACAGUCCCUACACGGUUAUUUUCCUGUCUUUAGCUAAUGGUGGGAUUCACAAGGUGCUGCAGACUGAAAACGACACCUUUCUCAUUUCUGAGUACCGACCCUUUGACAAUCACACCCACAUUGGCGGCUUCUUCCUCCACCCCCCCUCGAAGAAGCUGUACGUGAGCUCAAGCAAAGAAGUGGUUGAGGUGGAUGUGGUGAACUGUGAGCAUUAUGGAAACAGCUGUGAGGACUGCGUCCUGUCCAGAGAUCCUUACUGCGGCUGGAACAACAACCGCUGCACUGCAGAGACACGAGACCCUCAACAGAAAAUGAUCUCAGGAAACUACAAAGGAUGCUCGCGGAGAUCGAGGUCUGCUCGCCUCGCAUCAGAAAAAGAGGACAUCAGCAAGGUCGUUCUUCCCUCUGGGUCCAGAUAUUUCCUGCAAUGUCCCGUGUCUUCCCUCCAUGCUGAGUACACCUGGGUGACCCCCAACUCCAGGAAGUCCUGCAGCCCAAAGGAAGACCAGUGUCUGCUGCUGAUCAAAAGCAUGAGCUCCCAGUAUGACGGAGAUUAUGAAUGCAGGUCAGAGGAGAUGGGCUACAGUAAAGUGGUGGUACAGUACCAGCUGAGGAGCACGGCGCCGGGCCGGACAGUGGCGACCGGGUUUGUGUGGGUUUGUGUGGCUGCUGCACUGAUGGGGAGCUUCAGCUGGUGAUGAUCUCCAGCACUAUGGGGAAAAAAGUCAGAUUUUAAAAAUAUAAAUGUAAACAAAACAAAGUAACUCUGCCAAAGUGAGUGGAUCACUUAGCCAGUCCCAAGCCUGGAUAAAAGAGGAGGAAUUAUUUUGUUUACCGUAUUAUUCGGAAUUUAAGUUGCAUAGUUUGGCCAAAGAUGUAACUUAUACUCAGGAGCAACUUAUUUGUGAUUUUGCAAAACAUAAAUAUUGUCUCAUAAAUUAGUUAUUUUGCCACUAACUACUUACUGAUAGCAGUAGGUAGUUUGCUACUGAUAGCAGCGCAGAAGAAGAAGCUCCGUCCAAAACAAACAUGCAAGACAAUCUGAUCAUUUUCCUGAACUUAAUAAUUUUCUCAUUUGCAUCGAGACAUCAUCAUUGUUUGUUACUUUUUUUUUUUUAUCUUUCCUUGGACGUAUUAGUCAGUUAGUCAUCAAACUGGGUCCCAGAGAUGCAGAAGUGCCGCUGAAAGCGGUGGCACCUUUUUAACAGUGAAGCCAGACACAGAGACGAGUUUAUCGAUGCUUUUAUGGAGCUCUUCAAAAUAAUAACCUGAUCUCUCUACGUCAUUAGCGUCUUCCGUCCAUCAAUGACAUAAACCUUCAAUGCUUCCAUGUAGCGAUCAGGCUAAAAACGACGGUAGCUCCUCCCACACGCGUCUGGGGCGUCUACCUUAUGAACACAUUUUUGGACAAGCAUUGAGGAUCGAGUUUGAUGGACAUCAAGAGAAUCGUGUUUGGUGUACAAUGAAGCAGUGUUACGCCAGUAUUAUGCACUUCUCGGAGAAAAGUGCGAUGAUUCUGAACAAAUCCGGCAACUUAUAAUCUGGAGCGAUUUAUACUUUGAAAAAUAUUUUUGUAUAAUAUAUUUUUUUGCCAUUUGGAGACUUUUCUGACCGGGAUGUUGUUGACGCUGCUGCCCUCUAGUGGUCACAGAUUACAGUACAGCCCAGUCAGUUAAAAGCAAGAUUACUGUCAUGAAUUUACUGAAAAAAUGUUUGUUUUUUACUCUGAAGCUGUCACAUUGUUGCUGCAAAUCUAAAGCAGAAAUGAAUCUUCUUACCUGCUCUAUUCUCAGUUACAUCACAUUACAGCCCGGCACCUGUCAGUCAAAAUAAGGUCUUUUUUCUUAUAGUUUCUCGCCCCAAACAUCACAAUUUCAGCAGGAAUCUGAGGCGCUCUGCAGUGCAGCAGCCAGACAUUUCGCUGUGAACUGCAGUUCUGGUUGAUGCAGUUUGAAAUCAAUUUGUUUGUGCUUUGCAAAUGUUUGUGUUGUUGAUAUACUAAUGUGAUGCAUAACCUGAUAAUUUUUGAAAAAGAAAGUCACAGACUACCUCACUACCACAUCCAGCUCAGGUUUUUAUGCUCUUGAAUGAUUUUUGCAUCAUGCGGUGUCAUAAAGUUGCACUUUAACUUGUCUUUUUUCAUGUGACUGAAUGCUUGAACAUCCUGAUUGUACCAACGUUUCCCAUGAAGUAAAUGAUUUCUUAUGAUUUCUUUUGAAGUACAUGAAUCAGAAUGAAAAACAAAGUAAAUAACUUAACCAAAGAAAAUUGUUUCCUGAGCUUUAAUGUGAAAUAGCUAUAUUUUUGGUCAGCUGUUGGCAAUAAUGUACAUAUGUCAUGUGUUUUACUGGAACUUUAGCCAUGUCAAAUGCUUAGUUUGAACAGUUUUUAUCACUUCAUUAAAUUUGUGUAAAGCUU